AUGAACAGCGAUGAACUUGAAGAAGAGGAAAUAUAUGCGGACUAUGCACGCAAAAAUCUUGCCCAGCGCGUGCUUGAGGCUCCAUCGCUUUAUCUUGCCCAGUCCCUCGUGAUGCUCUCAUUUUAUGAGUGGGGUACUGAGCGACCAUAUCAAGCCUGGAUGUAUAGUGGCAUGGCGACCUACAUGAUUCAAUCCCUUCUGAAAAUGGCAGAUGAUAGCAUGGAACACAAUCCUCAAGAAUUUCAUGCAUCCCAAACACAAUACGAACAGCUGGUCCGGACCUACUGGUGCUGCUUUGCGCAAGACUGCGAGCUGAGCUCAGGAGCCCGUCAGCACUUCGCACUAUCAUUCUCCCAGAUCUCAGUUCCUCUCCCCAUCAGUGAUCGGGACUUCACAUUUAAUCAUACACCAGCCAACAGAUUGAUGCCCGCCGAUAUGAAUAAAGACUGUUUGCUAGCGAAGGAUCUCACGAUUGAGCAUGGCCUCACAAUCGUCACUCGAGGAUUUGACAUAUUCGUACGAAUCCUAAGAUUUGCGAACGAACAUCGACGAUCACUGGCUUCUUUGUCUUCGAACGACUCGGCUUCCCCGCUCCUCUUGACAUGGCAGGCUCUUAAGGAGGAACUGGAUGAGUGGAGAUCUUUGCAGGAUGUAACAGUCCGGUUUCCAGCUACCAGCGUUCAGUCGCACGUGGCACUCGGGUACGGGGAGCUGUUUGCGUACAUCAAUCUGGUCCAUUGCAUGAGCAUCCUUUUCCUCCAUCGGGACCGCUUCUUAUCCAACCUCAAGCCCCAUUCCGAUGUUUUCCACGACACAAAUGAUGACGCGCAAGGCGAGCCCGAUACAAUCAAACAGCUAUUUGAGGUCGCUCAGCAGAUCGGGAGUAUCCUAAGUGCACUAGAUGCCUCCGGUGCACCCGUCAUAUCACCGUAUUCCGGCUUCAGCGUCUUUGUCGCUGCUCAUAUCAACAUGUAUGGCACAAUUGCCCCACAGCGAUAUCCGGGCGGCCUCAAACGAGCCGAGGAAGAAAAGACCCGAAAUCUUGUCUACCUCGAGCGACUAAGCAAACUUUGGCCCGUCGGUCGUAGCUGGUGGCGCACGGUCCAAGAAGCAAAUCGAUUCUACGAGAUAGUCAAGAGUAACCAAGCCCCCUCCGAGUCUGGGAUGCACAGUCCCAGGAGAUUCGCCCUUGCAGGUACCCUGGAUGAAUAUGGUGAUAUUCGAUCUCGUCCGAGUAGAGAUGCGUAUGCGACUAGGGCACGAACAUCUGAAUCCCAUGACACACACAGCUCUCAUGUUCGUGGAGGAACUUCGUCGUCGCCUGGUCUUGGUGGCGAAACGAACUUUCUUGCAAGAGAUAAUGCUGCGCUUGGUAGUCAUCAUGAUUUUGAAACUGAUAUGUUUCAAUGGCCAUUCAUUGAUGGAUCGUGGUCCCUUGGGUUUGAUGCGGGAUUGGAUGGGUUGUGGUCUAACUCGGGGUUGGUUGACCCAAAUCCGUCUCUUAGGUGA